GUCCUUUAGCUCCGCCUCUUCCUUUUCGCCGCCGAGAUUUGACGAGCUCUCGCGAGACCCAGGCCUCUUCUCAGGCCGGCGCUCACCAAGAGCCAUGUUCAGUUCCAGCGCCAAGAUCGUGAAGCCCAAUGGCGAGAAGCCAGACGAGUUCGAGUCCGGCAUCUCCCAGGCCUUGCUGGAGCUGGAGAUGAACUCGGACCUCAAGGCCCAGCUGCGGGAGCUGAACAUCACUGCGGCCAAGGAAAUUGAAGUUGGUGGCGGUCGGAAAGCUAUUAUCAUCUUCGUCCCAGUUCCUCAACUCAAGUCUUUCCAGAAAAUCCAGGUCCGGCUGGUACGCGAGCUGGAGAAGAAGUUCAGUGGGAAGCACGUGGUCUUCAUCGCUCAGAGGAGGAUUCUGCCCAAGCCAACCCGGAAAAGCCGAACAAAGAAUAAGCAGAAGCGUCCCAGGAGCCGCACGCUGACCGCUGUGCACGACGCCAUCCUGGAGGACCUGGUCUUCCCAAGCGAGAUCGUGGGCAAGAGGAUCCGCGUGAAGCUGGACGGCAGCCGGCUCAUCAAGGUGCAUCUGGACAAAGCGCAGCAGAACAAUGUCGAGCACAAGGUUGAAACUUUUUCCGGUGUCUAUAAGAAGCUCACGGGCAAGGACGUUAAUUUUGAAUUUCCAGAGUUCCAGCUGUAAAGGAAAAUGACUAAAUAAAAUGCAUUCUUAUGUUGUUUA